AUGUCUGCCGGGGCCCGCCGCGGUCCCCGGGGGAGCCAGGCGCCGCGGCUCGGGCGCUUCUGGUGCUUGUCCGCCACCCUGGGGAUGCUGUGGCUCCCCGCCUCGCAGGCGUUCAACUUGGACGUGGACAAGCUCACGGUGUACAGCGGCCCCGAGGGCAGCUACUUCGGCUACGCGGUGGACUUCCACGUACCUGAUGCUCGCACAGCGAGUGUAUUGGUGGGGGCGCCCAAAGCCAACACCAGCCAGCCGGAUAUCGUGGAAGGGGGAGCCGUCUAUUAUUGUCCUUGGCCCGCGGAGGGGUCUGUGCAGUGCCAGCAGAUACCGUUUGACAACACCAACAACAGAAAGAUCAGAGUUAAUGGAACCAGAGAACCUAUAGAGUUUAAAUCAAAUCAAUGGUUUGGAGCAACCGUGAAAGCUCACAAAGGGAGAGUUGUGGCCUGUGCUCCUUUAUAUCACUGGAGAACUCUUAAACCAACACGAGAAAAGGAUCCAGUUGGCACUUGCUAUGUAGCAAUUCAGAAUUUCAGUGCAUAUGCUGAAUACUCUCCUUGUCGGAACAGCAAUGCUGAUCCUGAAGGUCAGGGUUACUGCCAAGCAGGUUUUAGUCUGGACUUUUAUAAGAAUGGAGACCUUGUAGUAGGCGGACCUGGAAGUUUUUACUGGCAAGGUCAAGUGAUCACUGCCAGUAUUGCAGAUAUCAUUGCAAAUUACUCAUUCAAGGAUAUUCUAAGGAAACUGGCUGGGGAAAAGCAGACAGAAGUGGCUCCAGCUUCCUACGACGAUAGUUACCUUGGAUACUCAGUUGCUGCUGGGGAAUUUACUGGAGACUCUCAGCAAGAAUUGGUUGCUGGAGUUCCAAGAGGAGCACAGAAUUUUGGAUAUGUCUCAAUCAUUAACUCUACAGAUAUGACCUUUAUUCAGAAUUUCACUGGUGAACAGAUGGCUUCUUAUUUUGGAUAUACCAUUGCUGUAUCGGAUGUUAACAAUGAUGGAAUGGAUGACAUAUUGAUUGGGGCACCUCUUUUUAUGGAACGUGAAUUUGAGAGUAACCCUAGAGAAGUAGGGCAAAUCUACCUGUAUUUGCAAGUGAGCGCUCUCUUCUUCAGAGACCCACAGGUCCUCACAGGCACCGAGACUUUUGGGAGAUUCGGGAGUGCUGUGGCACACUUAGGAGACCUGAACCAAGACGGAUACAAUGACAUUGCCGUCGGAGUGCCCUUUGCAGGAAAGGAUCAAAGAGGCAAAGUGCUCAUUUACAAUGGGAACAAGGAUGGUUUAAACACCGAGCCUUCGCAGAUUCUGCAAGGAGUGUGGGCCUCGCAGGCUGUCCCUUCUGGAUUUGGCUUUACUUUAAGAGGAGAUUCAGACAUCGACAAGAAUGAUUACCCAGAUUUGAUUGUGGGCGCAUUCGGAACAGGAAAAGUAGCUGUUUACAGAGCAAGGCCAGUUGUGACUGUGGAUGCCCAGCUUCUUCUGCACCCAAUGAUUAUCAAUCUUGAAAAUAAAACUUGCCAGAUUCCAGACUCUCUGACAUCUGUGGCCUGCUUUUCUUUAAGAGUAUGUGCAUCUGUAGAAGGCCAGAGCAUUUCAAACACAAUAGCCCUGAUGGCUGAGGUGCAAUUGGAUUCCCUGAAACAAAAAGGAGCCAUUAAACGAACACUCUUCCUUGAUAACCAUCAGUCCCAUCUCGUCUUCCCUCUUGUGAUAAAGCGGCAGAAAUCCCUUCAAUGCCAGGACUUUAUCGUUUACCUUCGAGAUGAAGCUGAAUUCCGGGAUAAAUUAUCUCCAAUCAACAUUAGUUUGAAUUACAGUUUGGAUGAAUCCACCUUUAAAGAAGGCCUGGAAGUGAAACCAAUAUUGAACCACUACAAGGAAAAUGUUGUUAGGGAACAGGCUCACAUCCUGGUGGACUGUGGAGAAGACAAUCUGUGUGUUCCUGACUUGAAGCUGUCAGCUAGACCAGAUAAGCAUCAGGUAAUCAUUGGAGAUGAAAACCACCUUACACUCACUAUAAAUGCGAGAAAUGAAGGGGAAGGGGCGUAUGAAGCUGAACUCUUCGUGAUGAUACCAGAAGAGGCGGAUUAUGUUGGGAUUGAACGUAACCACAAGGGAUUGCGACCACUGAGCUGUGAGUACAAGAUGGAAAACGUAACCAGGAUGGUGGUGUGUGACCUUGGUAACCCUAUGGUGGCUGGAACAAAUUAUUCUCUGGGCCUCCGAUUUGCAGUUCCACGUCUUGAGAAAACAAACAUGAGCAUUAACUUCGAUCUCCAAAUCAGAAGUUCCAACAAGGACAAUCCAGACAGCAAUUUUGUGAGUUUGCAAAUCAACAUCACUGCGGUAGCUCAAGUAGAAAUAAGAGGAGUAUCCCACCCCCCACAGAUUGUUCUGCCCAUUCACAACUGGGAACCAGAAGAGGAGCCCCGCAGAGAAGAGGAAGUUGGACCAUUGGUGGAACACAUUUAUGAGCUGCACAAUAUUGGACCAAGUACCAUCAGUGACACCAUUCUGGAGGUGGGCUGGCCAUUCUCUGCCCGGGACGAAUUUCUUCUCUAUAUUUUUCAUAUUCAAACUCUGGGACCUCUGCAGUGUCAAACAAAUCCUGAUAUCAACCCACAGGAUAUAAAGCCAGCCGCCUCCCCAGAGGCCACCCCUGAGCUGAGCGCCUUUUUGCGAAACUCUACCAUUCCACACCUUGUCAGGAAGAGGGACGUGCCUGGGGUCGAGCUCCACAGACAAAGUCCUGCAAAGAUACUGAAUUGUACAAAUAUCGAGUGUUUACAAAUCUCCUGUGCAGUGGGACGACUAGGAGGAGGAGAAAGUGCUGUCCUGAAAGUGAGAUCACGAUUGUGGGCCCAGACCUUCCUCCAGAGAAAAAAUGAUCCCUACGCUCUUGUAUCUCUGGUGUCCUUUGAAGUUAAGAAGAUGCCUUAUAAAGAUCAGCCAGCAAAACUCCCAGAAGGAAACAUAGCAAUUAAGACGUCAGUUAUUUGGGCAACCCCGAAUGUUUCCUUCUCAAUCCCAUUAUGGGUAAUUAUACUAGCAAUACUUCUCGGAUUGUUGGUUCUGGCCAUUUUAACCUUAGCUUUAUGGAAGUGUGGAUUCUUUGACAGAGCAAGACCUCCCCAGGAUGAUAUGACUGACAAGGAACAGCUGACAAGUGACAAGACCCCUGAAGCAUGA